AUGGGGUGUAGCCACUUCCCACCUCCUCUCUCCGAGGCUCCCAGCCUGCCCGUGUCCCCCUCGCACAGCUCUGUGUUUGGUCACCCCUUGCGUGGUAGAGGCCUGGAGGAGAUGAUGUUGAACCUCUUUGUGGCUGUGAUCAUGGACAAUUUUGAGUACCUUACAUGGGACACUUCCAUCCUAGGGCGUCACCACCUGGACGAGUUCAUCCGGGUCUGGGCUGAGUAUGACCCGGCGGCGUGUGGGCGCAGCAGUUACAAUGACAUGUUUGAGAUGCUGAAACACAUGUCCCCACCCCUGGGGCUGGGGAAGAAAUGCCCUGCUCGAGUUGUAUACAAGGGCCUGGACAGGCAGAGGAGAGCCUCUGGUGAAGGUGCCCUGGACAGAGCUCUCUUCUCUUGGAAAUCACCUGCUUGCUCCUCCUUCACGCUGGUACCCGACUCCCUGACUUCCCUGGAGAGGAAUCCCUCUGCCUCUCCUCCUGCCAUCGGUGCUGGUCUACAGGGACACUGUGCUCUGGAAAGCCGAUUUUCCUGGUGUGCGUCACAAAG